CUCAAGAACUGGGGGAGAAAAACUCAGUUCCAACAGUAGCUAAAUUAGUUAGGGAAAGAAUUGAUUUCGCCGCGAAAACGAGAGAGUUUCGCGGUGUGCUACGGUAGCGGGCGGGACACGUUCCGGAAACACUCCCCCGGUGGGUGUAGCGGUCGCGGUUAUUAAAGUGGUCCACCGUCGAAGCUGUGGGGCCCGGUGAUGCAGAGUUCUGGUAGCCCGCGAAUCAUCGAGGGGUGCUGCUUGAUCGGUUGCCUACAGUGACCAUCCCGGGCACGGCCGCCACCCCCGCAACGCGAAGGCGGCAAACAAACACGGUUGCGGUGGCUGCCUAGUAACGGCCACGCCAUAGCAAAAUGGGUAAUCCUAGCCUAACGUACGAAAUCCUGUUGUACCUUAACUCGUUCUACUUCGGGAUGUUCGCUACCUGCGAACUCGGCAUGCUCACCCUGAAGGCAGUAAAUUUGAAGUACCCCGAUCAUAUACUGUUACGUGAGUCGAGCAUCCUGGUGGCGCUCUGCUUGGUCGAAACGAUACGCAUCAUCCUCGGCCGAAGGGGCAGUCUCAGCGACCAUGGCUGGCAAGUGAUUCUAUCCGUGUUUCUAACCAUCCCCUGUGGCAUGGGCGUAGGGUAUCUACUGUUUUACCAGCUGCACCGGUUACGCCUGGAGUACAUCCUAUGUGCCUUAAUGUUAUCACUACAGGCAGCGGAACUGUUCUUUGCAAUACUCUUCGUAUUCACGCUAUGCCGGCCGCCUUCCUACGAUUAGGUUUCUGGACACGCGUCGAGCGGUCGCCAGCGGUUGCGGUCGGCGGCAACCAUCGGUCUAGUGAACGCGUUGUGAGAAAUCCUUUUACACAUUACAACUUCAAAGGCAAACAGCAGCACAGCGGUUGCUAUGGUGCGACAGAGAGGGAGAGGAGGGUGCGCCAAAAACCUCGACAGACCUUGUGCCCAACAAUUCUUGCUCAAAAUUGGCCAAACACGUGUGCCAUCGUAAGGCUGGUAGUGACUAGGUGCCAUAUAGUUUACAGUAGUAUAUUCGAUCAUCCGGGUCAGGGCAUUUUUUCAGGCACUGCCACCGCCAAUUCACCCUUAGUGCCGCCGCAGGCGUAUCGUAGCGUCGAGGAGUGAGAAGCGAAAAACGGAAACGGCGCGGAACCGGAAGCGCGUCGAAGCUUGGCAAAGAGGGCAGUUUAGAGCGGCAACAACCGUAGGAUAGACUAGCUAAAAUUAACGCUCCUGCAACCACAACCACACGCAUUGAUGGCUACGUCUCACUGCUACGUUUUAUGCGGCAUUUUCCACGUUUUUCACGGACCACUUACACACCCUCAGAUUCCGAUGGCCACGGGAUCGCGCAAUGGCCAGGUUUUAGCGCACAAACUGUACUUGAUUUCCAGACCAAAGAAGCUUGAUUUUUCUAGUCACGUAGACGAUCGGAGCUGCGCCUACUAAAGUAUGAACACGUUAAUCGUCUUUUCACUUCGUCUUUUUCCUUGUUCAAUUGAUUGCCGCAGUUUUCCUCCGGCGGAACGCCUGGAAAGGGUUUCAAUCGCUCUCUAAUCAAUCAAAGUCGGAUUAGCCAAUUAGGUGAGGUUGUUGGGAGAAGAGAAAAAAAGGGAAAACAGACGGGUUUCCGAAACCUAGCCGCGCGUCGGCGCGUUCGUUCGUAGCGCUAAAUUGCUAAAUGUUAAACCGAAGAUCUAAAACUGCGAGGUAGUUGUUCACUUAUCAGGUAAUGCCGUUGGCCAGCCGGUUAAUGGGAAGACAUUUGACAAGCAAACACUGCAAUAUAGUAAAUCUAACAGACGUCGUAAAAUUUUGAUCCAUAUUUACUUACAAAAAGUGUAGCUGCGGCGGGAGGUAAUACAAAACUAUAUCAGCAAUCUCUAGACCGCGGAUACCGAUAGGGAAUCGCUAGCAGCGCGCCCGCACACGUGUGCUAUUUAAGUGCACACCCGGCGUCUCGGGUGGAGGACCGCGUCGGUUAUGGACGAUAUCGGUGUGCUCUGAUCUCGUCUGUUAUCUUCGUUAGGCCAUGCCACGACAAAAAAAGUGUAAUCUCUUGGUUAAACUUCAAUCAAAACGUAUAUGAUACUUGAUGAAAAUCCGAAACUCACAUUUGUACUACCAACUUAAGUAAUUGAAAUAUAUCUUAAUAUUACACUGCA